GAACACCGAUAGUUCAAAUCAUCUGACACUUCUUCUUGAUUUACUUUUUCUUUGCCUUUUGUUCUUCUGAUCUGCUUCCAACUUCGGAACAACACCGUUUUUUUCACAGCUCUGUGUUUGGUAUUGUUUCUCGCUUUGAUUUGCUCUGAUUUUCCCCAAAGGUGAUUCUGUUUUAGGCUUUGGGGAUACCGAGUUAUCGUCAACAGUAACUUAAAUCUUCAUCAAUGGCUGCAAGAAUUCUUGCAAACUUGAUUGUUAUGGGCUCUGGCAUAUUGGGAAGGGCAGUAUUCCAGGCAUACCGUCAGGCUCUUGCAAAUGCCUCGAAAUCUGGCGUUGCUCAAGAAACAAUGCAGAACAUCAGGAGAGGAAGCAAAAUUGUGGCCGAACCAGAGGCAAGGCAGAUUUUAGGGGUUACCGAGCAUUCAUCAUGGGAGGAAAUCUUGAAGAAAUACGACAACUUAUUCGAGCAAAAUGCGAAGAAUGGGAGCUUUUACCUGCAGUCAAAGGUCCACCGAGCUAAAGAGUGUUUAGAAACAGUAUACCAAAAGAAAGAUCAGGGAACCCCAGAUGUAUAAUUUUGUGGAACAUGUUACACCCAGACUGAUCACUCAAUUCAAUUAAUUGAAUAUCAUUCUGAAUCUUUACCGAUCAGAUGAUAGCUUUAGCUUGUAACUCCUUGGGCGUCAGCUGCCCAGUGGGCCGAGUUUGUUGCAAGACGGCAGUGUUUGAAACACAGUAUGCUGAUGGGAUAUGAUGAACAUGCUACAUUAUUCUCUGCAUAAUAUUUACUUCUAAUAAUAAUUCUAUAGCAUUAUUUCUGUUCAA